UCCUUUGGACUUUUGGAGACUUUAGAGAAUGUCAUGAUGGAGAACGGACGCUCAAAAGGCUUCGGGUAUGUGACGUUUUCAUGUCCUGAUGAGGCUCGAGUAGACAUCGUGGAGAUGAACGGCAGGGUGCUGGGCAGCAGGACUGUGUACUUAAGUCCCUCUCAGACCACCCAGGGACGAAGUCACGGCAUGAGGGUAGAAACCAUCUCGCCUUCAAAACCCUGCCCAGACCCAAGACCCAACGCCAACAAGAACAUCAAUCCACAGAAUGUUCCAGUUCCUGGAAAAGAAAACCAGCAGCAGUGGAACAGGGGAUUCACACCGAGCGUGAGCAAGAACGAGAGGCUCACAGUGUCCUGA